AUGCCGGACCAGCGCUCUUCUACCAAGCCGAACAACACGACAUCGAUGGAAAACUCAGCUACGCACAACAUCAACGUCUCCGAAAUGCCACCUAAACCACCAACUCUGACCCUCAUUCUUGCAGCCACACCGAGUCUCGGAAUUGGAAACGGUGGAGGCUUGCCAUGGCCGCAGCUGAAAAAAGAGAUGGGAUUCUUUGCGCGAGUCACGAAGCGUACAUCGCCUUCAGCGUCCACGGCGAGCAUCAAGAAAGUAAACGCUGUGCUCAUGGGUCGCAAGACGUGGGAGAGCAUACCCCCCAAGUUUCGACCUCUGAAAGAUCGCCUAAAUAUCGUCGUUACUUCGAAGCCAGAAGAGUUCAAAAGUAAAUUAGACAAGAAUACGGAGGUCGAAGGACCAAUGGUCUGCUCCAGUGUGUUGGAUGCGAUAGCACAGCUCGAGAAGCAGGAUGAUAGCAGACUCCAAGGCUCAGCGAUAGAGCUGGAUAAGAUUUUUGUUAUUGGCGGAGCAACUAUAUACGAAACGGCGCUUCAACUUCCGCAGACAAAACGAGUUCUCCUCACAAAGAUAAAGAAGGAAUUCGAGUGCGACACAUUUUUCCCCGUCAAUCUGGGAGAGACAACAAUUUGGAGGAACGCAAGCAGAGAGGAAGUGCAGGCAUUCACUGGAGAGGAGAUCCAAGAGGGUGGGAUUGAGGAGCAGGGUGUCGAAUUUGAGUUCUGCAUGUACGAGCGGGAGUGA